AUGCAACCGGACCUAGUAUGUGACGCGAGUAAUAUCGACCACCACAACCAUAAGGACAGCCCGGCUAUCACUUCGGUGGAUAAUCAGAUUCAAAAUUCUGCCAGUUACUCUAGUGAUACAUCAUCCAAACUGGGUGAUUCCUCUUCAUACGACUCUAACUCUACCGAUUGUAUCAAAAACCCCGGACUGGGCCGAGAUGACCCAAUAAAUGAAAAUGAUGUCGAAGAGCUUCCUCCUUAUCUAGAUACGUUUGGUCUAAAUUAUUCUGCCGAUGGAUCCGGAUACGCUGCUCCAACCAAUGGAUACCAAGAAUUGAAGGAUGGUUCAAAGCAACUGAUGAACAAGCAGAAUCAUGAAAUAAAGAAGUUUCAUGAAGCAGAAAGAACCAGGUGCUUAGCUCAGGGUCUCCCUGCGGACAAGCUAGAGUCUCGACGGCUGAGAAAAAAGACGCGGACUCAAAAUUUAGCAAAGAAACAAGCGUAUAGGGAUGAGCUGUCUGACACCGACAGCUCCCUUAGCGAGGAUGAAUCUAGAUCUGCUCCUUGGGUAUUUGAGGAUGAAGCAGCCACAUCCUUUACUAAUUGUACCAAAGGGGAGAAGCAAGCGUCGAACGAAGAUGAUCUGGGAAUCACAGAAGAUGAUGUGGAGGACCUUCCUAUUCACUCUGACAUACUUCAUCUGCGAUACCCUGUUGAUGAAUCGGGAUAUGCAGCUCCGGCCAAGGGUUAUCAAGAAUGGCAGGACAGACUUGGGGAGAAGAGAGAUAGAAAUAGGAGAAUGGGCAAAGAACAAGACGCAGAGAUGCGUCAGCAGCGCCUGGAUCAGGGUCUCCUAGCCGAAGAUUCAGAAGACAGGCAGGACAGAAAGUACGCACGCGCAAGACGGCGAGCUGAAAAACAAAUGUUAAGCGAGGAUGCAUCUGAUACAGACACAUCGCUUAGUGACGAGGUAUUUGGGCCUGUUCCUUGGGUAUUUAAAAAGCCAAGUGGCCCUCGACUGCCUGGUGAUAGGCGCAUGAAAAACUAUUCCAGAACUCCUCCUAAUCCUGCACCCAAAACUAUGGGUGCACCGGAAGAUACCUCACCCGAGGAUCAGGAGAUACAAGAGAAAGUUGCUAGGCUCGGGCGGCCAAAAUAUUGUGUCUUUUCGGAGCCAUAUCCACGAAAUUUCAUUCCACUAUCUGAGUUUGAGAGGCUGACAAGGGAAAAGAGAUGA